AGCGCGCACCCACCGCGCCGAAGCGUUGCCCCGAUCCGCGCCCGCCCCGUCCGUGCGGCGCGCGGGCGGAGACGCCGUGGCCGCGCCGGAGCUCGGGCCGGGGGCCACCAUCGAGGCGGGGGCCGCGCGAGGGCCGGAGCGGAGCGGCGCCGCCACCGCCGCACGCGCAAACUUGGGCUCGCGCUUCCCGGCCCGGCGCGGAGCCCGGGGUGCCCGGAGCCCCGCCAUGUCGCGAUCCAACCGGCAGAAGGAGUACAAAUGCGGGGACCUGGUGUUCGCCAAGAUGAAGGGCUACCCACACUGGCCAGCCCGGAUUGAUGAGAUGCCUGAGGCCGCAGUGAAAUCAACCGCCAACAAAUACCAAGUCUUUUUUUUCGGGACCCACGAGACGGCAUUCCUGGGCCCCAAAGACCUCUUCCCUUACGAGGAGUCCAAGGAGAAGUUUGGCAAGCCCAACAAGAGGAAAGGGUUCAGCGAGGGGCUGUGGGAGAUCGAGAACAACCCUACUGUCAAGGCUUCUGGCUACCAGUCCUCCCAGAAAAAGAGCUGCUCGGAAGAGCCGGAGCCCGAACCCGAGGCCGCAGAGGGCGAUGGCGACAAGAAGGGCAACGCGGAGGGCAGUAGUGACGAGGAGGGCAAGCUGGUCAUCGACGAGCCGACCAAGGAGAAGAACGAGAAGGGGGCGCUGAAGAGGAGAGCAGGGGACCUGCUGGAGGACUCCCCUAAACGUCCCAAGGAGGCCGAAGAACCCGAAGGGGAGGAAAAGGAGGCAGCUGCCUUGGAGAGCGAGAGGCCCCUCCCUGGGGAGGUGGAGAAGAAUAGCACCCCCUCUGAGCCUGGCUCUGGCCGGGGGCCUCCAGAGGAGGAGGAGGAGGAGGAGGAGGAAGAGGAGGAGGAGGAAACUGCCAAGGUAGAUGCAGAGGCCCCGGGCGCCAGAGAUCAUGAGAGCCUGUAGCCACCAAUGUUUCAAGAGGAGCCCCUGCCCCGUUCCUGCUGCUGUCUGGGUGCUACUGGGGAAACUGGCCAUGGCCUGCAAACUGGGAACCCUUUUCCCACCCAACCCAUUCUCCUUCUCCAUUCACUGUCCCCACUUUAAGUCCAGCCCCCAGAGAUUGACCUGGCCCUCACCUCCAGGUACCCCCACUAUCUUGAGGCAGGGCCAUGUCUUCUGCUCCCUAGGAUGAAAUGAGGCCAUUGUGUCCCUUCCUGCUUGGAGCUGUUUCCCAGAGCUUCUACUGGGGCCUGGGCCCCUGUUUCCACCCGACACUCCUGUCCUAUCCCCUAGGCAUUUUGGACCUCUGGGUUAAGAUCAGGGGUGGGAGUGGAAGAGGAGGAGUGUGAGCAGCGAGGUGGCCCCCCCCCACCCCGGGCCUGGAAGGGGCAAUCCCAUGAAGGUGGACAUCUCUUGAGCUCCUGUCCCCUGCUCCCACACCCAUUUUCCCAGCUGCCUGGAUUGAGGGAAAGUGGGACAUCUCGUAGGGGAGAGGUCCCGGAAAUUCUUGAUAAUUGACAACACCCAUUCUUUUGCUGACCCCAGGAGUUCUGGGGGUUGUAGCUGAUUGUCAGAAGACUUUGGGGCUUCCAAGUUGUUUGGGCCAAGAACAUGCGCUCUGAAGGGCUGACUUCACCCGUUUAGGUGGGAGUACUGAGUGUCUGUUCCCCUUUAGAUCUCGGGGGUCAGAGAUGGGAUGCCCUGGGAAGACCCCUUGCUGUUCCCUCUCCCCACAGUGCUCAAGGCCAGCCUUCAGUCACAUAUGUCACCCAGACAUAAAGGAAAAGACACAUUUUUUAGGAGAUGUUUUUAAUAAAAGAAAAUUACAAAAAAAAAAUUAAUCCCCCCAACCCUUUGUGUGCUACCCCUUCUGGCCCUUUCUUCCCCACCACUGCCCCCAUUUCUGAGGUGCACGGGUGGAUCCCCUUCUGUUUGGGCUUGACGACUUUCUUUUUGUUGCUGGGGCUUCGGUGUUUCUUCUGGUGUCCUCUCCCAUCCACACACCCCGACUUGGUCCCCUCAGUGUUGCCACCAGAUCCGAUUUGUAACCCACUGAGAGGACAGGGGAGUGCCCUUCCCAGCCUCUUACACGAGUGGUCUCUGCCUCUCUGUCUCUUGUCUCUUCUCUCUGCCCCCUCCCUUGGGCUCUCAUGAAAAAUUGCUGACGGUAGCUUUGGAAGUUUAGCUCUGAGAACCGUAGACGAUUUCAGUUUUAGGAAAAUAAAACCCGUUGAUUACUACAUUG